GCUCCGUCCAUUGCACCACAGAGCAACGCAACGCAACGCAACAAGUACUCCAAGAGAGCUAGUGGGUACGUUGUACCUGAUAGUCCCCAUGGCUUCCACGUCGAUGAGCUUCGUGGCCAUGGCGCUCCUCAUGGCCGCCAUGCUCCUUGCCGGCGGCGGCAACACGUGCCAUGCUGCGCGGCUCCUCGCCGACGUCCCGGCUUUGCCAGAACCGACGCUGCCAACCUUGCCCCCGGUGCCCGUCGUCCCUACAGUCCCCGCCGUGCCAGGCGGCGUCGUGCCGACCGUCCCGACGGUUCCCACCGUGCCAGGUGUGCCGACGGUGCCGAUGCCGACAGUACCCGGCGGAGUCGUGCCGACGGUACCCACCGUGCCGACCAUCCCGACGGUUCCCACCGUGCCGGGCGUGCCCACGGUACCCACCGUACCGGGUGUGCCCACGGUGCCGCUGCCGGCAGUACCCGGCGCCGUCGUGCCGACAGUGCCAACCGUGCCAGGCGUGCCAACGCUGCCUCUGCCGUCGAUGCCGACCAUCCCCGGCUUGCCUAACGUGCCACUGCCGCCGAUGCCGUCCAUCCCCGGUGACCUGCCCAAGCUGCCAGUACCACUGCCGCCGAUGCCAUCCAUCCCCGGCGACCUGCCAAAGCUGCCAGUGCCACUGCCGCCGAUGCCAUCCCUUCCCGAUCUGCCCAAGGUGCCACUGCCGCCGAUGCCAUCCCUACCCGACCUGCCCAAGGUGCCACUGCCCCCGACGAUGCCAUAGUUCCUCCUCAGAUCAGCCGACGCACCAGAGAUCCGUGCAUGCACAGGCGUGGAUGCCUGUGGCUGUGGGUAGCCAUAGUGCGUGUGGUCUACUAUUUGCCAGUGAAUUGGUGUGGAUGUGUACCGUGUACAACUUGCCUAUACCUGUCCCUUAUUGUGGAGGGGUAUUGCUCCAUUUAAACGUGUGUGCCACUGUAUAUUGUUUUCUUUCCAUUUGCAUCAACAUACAUGAUAUUGAUGUUCAUAUCAUAAGUUUCAAAA